CACCGGACUUUAAUUUAUUCAUUUCUAUAAAAGAGAUUCAAAGAACAAUCAAAUGAUAUAAAAAUCACCACAUGGAAAUAUAAGUAAUUAAACUUCGUAAUCGUAAACAUUUCUAGAGUGGGCAUAGUAGUACUUCACAGCAAGUUCUGUAACCGACAGGAUAGGAAGUGUUAAGGUUUCGCUUUUUUAGUGGAAGCCAUCGAAAUACAUUGCAGUUCCUUCGUUGUGCCGUGUGACACUUCGUUUAAAAUUUGAAGAAUCGUUCCUUUAAAGCAGUAAUGGCUGUCAAAGGACUAGUAGCAGCAAUUGUUCAAUUCUUAACUCAACAAUUAGAAGAAGGUGAUAUUACAGCAGACUCUCGAGAAAGUCUUGAAGUAGCAAUACAGUGUUUAGAGAGUGCUUAUAAUGUACAAGCAUCUGAUACUCCAACAAACUUUAAUUUAUAUGAAAUGUAUAAGACUUUCAUGGAAAAUGCAAAACCUCAUUUAGCUCCAAUAGCUACCCCAGAAGCAAAAGCUGAAGCUGAGAAAUUGAAAAACGAAGGAAAUGCUCUCAUGAAGGCUGAAAAACACCAUGAGGCUCUUGCCAAUUAUACAAAGGCAAUUCAAUUAGACAAUCAUAAUGCAGUGUAUUAUUGUAACCGUGCUGCAGCUUAUAGUAAAAUUGGCAAUUAUCAACAAGCAAUUGCAGAUUGCCUUGACGCAUUGUCCAUCGAUCCUUCAUAUAGUAAAGCAUAUGGUCGAUUAGGUUUGGCAUAUUCUAGCUUACAAAAACAUAAAGAAGCUAAAGAAAGCUAUCAGAAGGCUUUGGAGAUGGAGCCUGACAAUGAAAGUUAUAAAAAUAAUUUACAAGUGGCAGAAGAAAAAUUAGCUCAGUCAAAUAUGAGUAAUAUGGGAUUAGGUGGAGGCACAUGGCCAGGCAUGGAUCUCAAUUCGCUCUUGAGUAAUCCUGCUCUAAUGAAUAUGGCUCGUCAGAUGUUAUCCAAUCCAGUUCUCCAAAAUAUGGUGAGCAAUUAUAUGAGUGGACAAGCAGAAGGAGGACAUUUGGAUGCCCUUAUAGAAGCUGGUCAAGAGUUUGCACAACAGUUGCAAGAUGUUAAUCCUGAUUUAAUUGAAUCUUUAAGACGGCAAAUGGGAGGAAAUCAAAAUGAUCCAGAUCCACCACAACAAAAUUAAAAUGCUGUGAUUAUAAUAUACUAUAAAGAUUCUAUAUAAAAUGGAAGUAAAUGGAAGUAAAUUUAAGUGAUACGUACAUAUUUACAGAAUAGUGUGUAUCAUUUUUUAAUAAGGAAACAAAUGAAAAAUUGUGGCUAAGAUUAACUUACAUUAUCAUUAUCUUAAAAUAAUAU